GAUCGAUCCACUCGCCGAAUGUUUACCUCCCACCCGCUCCGAUUUUUCGGAGCCCCAAACAAACUAAACCCACCCGCGUUCGUCGGUAUUUGUAAAAAUCCAGCUCCCAACUACAGCCGGUGUUUACUUUUUCUACAAAUAUACAUUAUACGUUUUUAUAAAUAACUGUACAAUGGCAUGUGAUGGACGCGAGGGAUUUCCAUGAUACGUAAAGAGUGAAACAAUCGUUCGAAAAAAAAAUUCUAACCAAUAACCCGGACAUGUCAUCUUUCGUGAAACCCAUGAAAUUCGACUACCUGACGAACAAGGGGGUGGAAAAAUUAAUUUUCUCUGACGAUGAGGACAAUGACUUUGAUUUCAAGUACGUCCCAACGGGACAAUUCAAGCAGAUCCUCAAGGACGUGCGUCGUCAGAGGUCCCACAGGAACGAUGAAAGGCUCUGGACAAAUUUCCUGGACCAAAGAACCACCGGAAUUCCUUUGAAACCCCUCAAGCUUCCCCUGCGGGCAAACCGCUCCGACAUAAACCUAGACCUCCAAAGUUUUCCCUCCGAAGUAGUUCCCCAGACGCACAGGAUCUCCAAAUCCACCAGAAAUCAACGAACCUUGAAACCACCCGAUACCGAGGCCCUCAGCAGAGGGAGCAGCAUCACAUUCCUCCCCCAGGAUGACGAUGACGACGACGUCUCGACCCUGGAGAGAUCCCCAGUCUCAAAACUGGACGUCAAGUCCAAGCACUCGAGUUCUGAGAGCACCAUCAGGUCCAGCACCCACCGGAAGAAUCGAUUAUUACGAAAAUUGAAUCGACUGGAGUGCAAUUCAAGUCCUGAUCUGAGCUCUCAGUACGAAUCUGGAGAUGACGAGGAGUUCCUGGAGGUCCAGCCACACCCAGUGAUCGCCCAGAAGAUUCUGGGCCUCCAGGGGAGGAUCUCCGAGCUCCUGGACGAGAUAUCCUACAGGUUGUGCAGGGUCCCUCGCCCUGAUGGGGAGAACGACCUCAAGAGGAGGCAGAAGCGAGUUGUUGAAUUCGGAAUUCGAUUCUCUAGGAAUUAUCUGUAUGAGCUUGGGAGGCAGGUGGGGGACAUUCAGAGGCACCUCAAAGCUGUCCUGGAGGGCAAGGGCAGGAGGAGAGGGGCUGUGCUGCACAUGCAGGCCCUCGAGCAGAAGCUCUGUGCCGCUCACCAACUUCUAACUUGCGCCCUCAAUGCCUAUUGCAAUCAUAUACCUAGCUCAGUGCUUCAGGGACAUCCUGGGAAGCUCAAGGAGAUUCUUGGGAUCGUUGUGGAGCUGAAGGAUGUCUGUGGGAAGAUUAAUGUCACUGCUGAGGGGGUCGGAGGGGGCGACACUGGGUCACAGGGCUUGGGCAAUGACUUGCAGAGUAGAUGCUAUGCAAUUCUCUCAAAGCUUCGACUGCACUCAGACAACGAAUCCCAAUUAUUCAGUGCUCGGCACUCAGUAGUGACAGGACCAUUUCCCCCCAAUGUAAAAAGCCAGAACAAUCGUGUUGAUGUCUUGAAAAGCCUGGCAAAUCGUUUCAGCAUGUACAGUAUGGAUUCGAAAUAUCCAAAGACCCAGAGACAACGUAGACCAGUUACAGUUGGAGUUUAUCCAAAAGAUAGAAGUAUUCCUAGAGUGUCAUUAAACAAUCCCCCACCGACUCCCGAGCAGAUCUACACUAAUUCCAUAGGCUGUAAAUCGUCGAAGGAUUCGAUUAGGAGAAAGAGACGUCAUGGAGUCCAUGGGGAUGACAUCAGAACCAUGAUGGACAUAAUUCCACGUGAUUCUGAGACUGUGAGGAAUAGCAGGACUGAUCUUGGAAAUGUGGAUAAUUUUGGAAUGAUGAAUCAGGGGAGUAGUUGUGUGUCAAGGAAAUUUCACUCUGUUACAUCUAAUGAGAGUAAGAUUAGCAUCAAGAGACGUGCCAAACAACAUUUGGGGAGGAAUUCGAAGACUUCUGUUAAAACGAGCAAAACAAGCAUCAAUGGAACUGGGGAGGGACCUAAUACGGAUGAACGACUGGCUAAUUUGGUUCCUGUUAUUGCUGAUCUCAUGAGUCUGGUUGCGAACAAGAAAAGUAAUGGAGAGAAGAAAUCGGAGGCAGCGUCGAUGGCUAGCCUGCUUGAAAUUAUUAAAAAUGUUCAGCAAUCAGAGAGCAAUUGCGAUAGGAAGGCUAAAAGUGAUGAUCCAGCUUCUAAUAUUAGAUUGUCUGAACCUUCCACUGGCCCCCACAACAUGCAAUUGAUCUGUCUGUCCCCGGAGAAUAAUAAAAUCCCAUCAAAAUACACGGACGCAUCGUGUCAAGCUACCCAAGAAAAUUCAAGACUGAUAGAGAGCAAAGACUGUGGUUUAACUGAGUUAAUGGUCUCCGAGAGAUCCUCUCAGAUGUUGUUGAAGUACCGGGAUGAGUAUAAUGCCUCCUCUCGGUCAAGUCCAAUGUAUACGAGUAACAGUCCAAAUAAACCAUGGGAGGUCGUCGCUUGGAUUGCGGAUAAAUUGGUCGACGAAUUGAUCGUCGAUGUCUCCAAAGAGCUUCAAAUUGAUGACGUGAUUAAAAAACUUUUUGAAUUGGAAUUCUUGGAAUUUUAGAUGCUGAAAUGUACAUUUUUUUGGAUUGUAGAAAUAUUUGGAUAAAUUUAUACUUCAAGAAUAAAGUGAACGAAUAUGAAA